AUGGACACUGGGCAGAUGAGGAACUUGUUCCAUAUGGCAUAUCUGACAGUGAAGGAUGAGUUAGCAGUCUUCAAUGGCUUGGUGCUGAGGAACACACGCAUUGUGUUGCCAGUUUCGUUACGUCAGCAAGCAAUCGAAUUGGCCCACGUCGGACAUCAAGGUGUCGUCAAGACCAAGAGCUUGUUACGCGAGAAGGUUUGGUUUCCGGGUAUAGACCGUUUGGUGGAAGACCGAAUUAAGCAGUGUUUGCCAUGCCAAGCUGCUACCACCAACAACGCAGAAGGACCAGAACCUCUCAAGAUGACAACACUAUGGCCAUGGAAAGAAGUGGCAGUAGAUUUUGCCGGUCCAUUUCCGACGGGAGAAUACUUGCUAGUAGUGGUAGAUGAGUAUAGUAGGUUUCCAGAGGUAGAGCUGGUGACAAGUACAUCAUCGAAGGCCACAAUUGCUAAACUAGAUAGCAUAUUUGCCAGGCAAGGUAUACCAGACACAGUGAAAACCGACAACGGACCACCGUUUAAUGGUGCAGAAUUCUUAUCGUUUGCAGAAGAGUUGGGAUUUCAUCAUCGACGUAUUACACCGUUGUGGUCACAGGCAAAUGGAGAAGCUGAACGAUUCGUGAGAACACUAAAUAAGACAAUCCGAGUGUCUAACAUCGAAGGUCGAAAUUGGAAGCACGAUUUAGUUCGAUUUCUUCAUCAAUAUCGAGCGACGCUGCACUCGAGCAUUGUGAUGUCACCAGCAGAGGCCCUCAACAACCGAAAGAUGAAGGUACAACUACCAGAAACUAACCUUCAGGGAGACAGGGAAGCUCGAGAUAUUCGUGCAGUCGAUAAGCGGAGGAAGGACAAGAUGAAGUCUUAUGCUGACUACAAACGCCCUGCAAGAGAGAGUAGGAUUCAAAUUGGUGAUACCGUCAUAGUGAAGCAGCAAAGGUCGAAUAAGCUGUCUACACCGUACGAUCCACGACAAUACAAGGUGCAGAAUCGAAAAGGGAGCAUGGUAACAGCUAAGCGGGGAGAUCAUGAGAUAACACGCAAUCUUUCGAAGCUCAAACGCGUACAUCCAGUCGCGAAUGGAGAAGAAAUGGAUGAUGAAGUAAUGGUGGAGUUACCACUGGACGAACCACACGAUGCUCUACGCGACAACGCAGAGGGGAACAUACUGAAAUGA